AUGUACCGUCAAAAUGGAGUUACCGAAGAGGUCGUAAGACUCAAAAUGUUCCCGUUUUCGUUAAUAGGGGAAGCCGCGAGGUGGCUUGAUUCCCACGUAGACAACCACUUUAGAUCAUGGGAACAACUUCACCAAGAGUUCAUGCAAGAAUUCUUUUCGUUGACCAAGACAUUGAAAAUAAGAAAGCAAAUCCAAGACUUUAAACAAGGGUCGUUGGAAACUUUAGCGGAUGCGUGGAGACGGUUUAAGACACUUAAACAUCAAUGCCCACCCGACGUUCUACAUCCAUGGGACGUCAUUAGUUCAUUCUAUUCCGGUCUCACCGAUGAAUGUAAAUUACUUUUGGACUCAUCUUCUAGAGGAUCUUUCGUUUCUACAAGUCCUGAAGACGCGGAAGAAUUGAUAAGAACUAUUUCAUCAAAUACCGGGAAUUGGUACAAUCAAAGGGAGUCCAAAGGAGGUUUGUAUGAAGUUAGUGCCGACACCGCAUCUCAAGCCAAGGUGGAAGCACUAGGACUUGAAGUCAAGAGGCUACAAGCACAAUUGGAAAAGAUGAAUAAGAGUCAAAGAGGAAAUCCGUGCAUGACAUUAGCACUUUAUUGCGACAAGUGUGGGGGUGCACACGGAGCACACGAAUGCACUUCCAACUACGAGGAUGUUCCGUAUGAACAAGUCGAGGCCGUAGGAUAUCAAAGGCCGAAUGACUACAAUACUUAUGAAAAUAAUAACAACCAAAAUUGGCGUCAAGGUCAAGGAUGGCAAAACCAACCAUCCCAAAAUCAAUACAAUCCAAGACCGAGUCAAAGUGAGCCAAGUUACAAUGCAAACUACAAUAGAGGAUACCAAGACAAUCGAGGGAAUCAAUACAACCCAAGACCUAACCAAGGGGGAGCGUAUCGACUACCUAUGUACCAAGGAAAUAAUCAACAAAGAGAAGAAGCUCCUAAAGAAAGCAUAGAAGACAAAAUGGUGAGAAUGUUUGGCGAACUAAGGCAAGAUGUGACGAAUAUGAGGCAAGAGUGGAAGCAAGACUUGAGGCAAGAGAUAUCCACAAUAAGACAAGAGGUCUCUAACUUGAGACAAGAAAAUAAUGCUUCCUUGAGGCACUUGGAGACACAAGUUGCACAAAACUCCAAGGCUUUAGCCGAAAGACCACAAGGCACACUUCCGAGUACCACGGUAAAUAAUCCUCGAGAGAGGGUGAAAGCCGUGACCCUUCGGAGUGGAAAGGAACUUCCCGAGCCAGCAUUGAAGAAGAAUACUAUCUCCAAGAAUCCAAUCGAAGAAGAGAAAAUAGAAGAAAUCCUUGAAGAAGACAAAGUGCAAGAAAAGGAAACAUCUCCAGUACCCUUGAGUCCAAAAGCCACUCAAUCUCGAGAUAAAGGAAAGGAGAAGGUGGAUUUACCGAUGUACCAACCACCACUCCCAUUUCCCGGGAGGGUGAAGGAAAGCAUAGACAAGACACAAUACGGCAAAUUCCUUGAACUACUAAAACAAUUGCAUAUCAACGUACCUUUCCUCGACGCAUUAGGUCAAAUGCCGCGUUAUGAAAAAUUCUUAAAAGAUAUACUCACCAAUAAGAGAAAGCUGGAAGAGUCAACUACGGUUUUGCUAGGGGAAGGAUGCUCCGCUUACGUGCGCCAUCAACCACAGAAGCUCACGGACCCCGGAAGCUUCACCAUCCCAUGUCAAAUUGGCGAAGCCGAGUUUAAGAGAGCUCUAGCGGACUCUGGGGCAAGUAUCAAUAUAAUGCCUUUUUGUCUCUUUAAGAAAUUAGACUUGGGCAAUCUAAAGCCCACUCGCAUUUGUAUCCAGUUGGCCGAUAGAUCAAUCAAGCAACCCAAGGGGGUUGUAGAAGAUGUGUUAGUGAGGGUAGACAAGUUUAUUUUUCCCGUGGACUUUGUCAUUAUUGACAUGGAUGCCGAUCAAAAGGUGCCAUUGAUUCUAGGUAGGCCGUUCUUGGCCACCGCUCGGGCCCUCAUCGAUGUAGGGAAUGGGAAACUUGUCCUAAGGGUAGGAGACGAAUGUGCUACCUUCGAUGUGUCGAAGUUGACUAAGUACCCGAUGACGACAGAUGAUGCGUGCUACUUUGUGGAUGUUUUCCAUGAGCACGUUAAUUCUAUUUACCCCAAUCUUGUGGGUAAAUUGAAAGAUGACGCCCUCUUAAGAGUUUUGGAUAAUAAUGAUGACCUUGAAUCUUUUACUUUCGAUAAUAAUGCUUCAAUUAAUGAGAAUGAUGAUGCUUUACAUAAGAUAGUGUGUGGUGAUGAUGAUAUACAUGUUGAUGAUAAUGUGUGUGAUGUGAAUGAAAUUGAAUUUGUGAAUUUCUUUGAUGAUUGUAUUGAUGAUGCUAUAUAUAUUCAUGAAUUGAUUGGUGAAGUUGAGGAGGUGAUGGAUGGAAAUGAAGGGGAUGAUUUGUUGCAUAAUGAGAAAAUAAAUGAGAAAAAGAAUAUAGUAGACGAGAAAGAAGUGAAAAGUGAACUUAAAACGUUACCGGAUAGUCUACAAUAUGCUUUUCUAGGAGAAAAUUCAACCUUACCGGUAGUAAUCUCAUCAAAACUAGAUGAAAAUCAACAAGACAAGCUUGUGAACUUGUUAUGA